CGAGGGGGCGGGGAGGCGGGCGGGCGUGCGCGCGCCGGGCGUGGGUGUGGGCGUGGGUAAGUAGAGCGGGCGCGGCGGGAGCGCGGGGCAGAGGAACGCUGGCUACCCUGGACAGCGCAUCUUCGCCCGCCGGGGUCGCCGCGCCUCAGCGGAUCAUGGAGCACCUAAAGGCCUUGGAUGAUGAAAUCAAUGCUUUUUUGGACAAUAUGUUUGGACCUCGAGAUUCCCGAGUCCGAGGAUGGUUCAUGUUGGACUCUUACCUUCCCACCUUUUUUCUUACUGUCCUGUAUCUGCUUUCCAUAUGGCUGGGUAACAAAUACAUGAAGACCAGACCUGCUCUUUCCCUCAAGGGUAUCCUCACCUUUUACAAUCUGGGAAUCACGCUUCUCUCCGUGUACAUGCUGGCAGAGCUUAUUCUCUCCAGCUGGGAAGGAGGCUACAACUUACAGUGUCAAGAUCUUGCCAGUGCCGGGGAAGCUGAUGUCCGGGUAGCCAAGGUGUUAUGGUGGUACUACUUCUCCAAAUCAGUAGAGUUCCUGGACACAAUUUUCUUUGUCUUGCGGAAAAAAACCAGCCAGAUUACUUUUCUUCACGUAUACCAUCAUGCCUCCAUGUUUAACAUCUGGUGGUGCGUUUUGAACUGGAUACCUUGUGGGCAAAGCUUCUUCGGACCCACCCUGAACAGUUUCAUCCACAUCCUCAUGUACUCCUACUACGGUCUUUCCGUGUUCCCGUCCAUGCACAGGUAUCUCUGGUGGAAGAAAUACCUCACACAGGCUCAGCUGGUGCAGUUCGUGCUCACCAUCACGCACACCAUGAGUGCAGUGGUGAAGCCCUGCGGCUUCCCUCUGGGCUGUCUCAUCUUCCAGUCUUCCUACAUGCUGACGUUAGUCAUCCUCUUCUUAAAUUUUUACGUGCAGACAUACCGGAAAAAGCCGGUGAAGAAAAUUACGGAAGAGCCACCUGCUGGGAAAGAAGUGAAGAAUGGUUUCUCCAAAGCCUACUUCACCGCCACUAAUGGGGUCAUCAACAAGAAAGCACAGUAA